UACACUGGGUUUGCGUUACCAGGCAGCUUUAUCAGUGCUGAAAGCCUUGUCGUCCACUACCUCCAACUACUUCAGCAGGAGAGAUUAUCCGGUGACCGCGUACAACAGCCGGCGUCGCUAUAACUCGCCGACGAGCUCCGCUUCCGUGCGCGUCGUCUGGUUCAAGCCCCUAUUUACCGCCGCACUUCUCUCUGUUUCUUCUUCAAAAACAUUGAGCUGCGUUCUCGUUCCGGCUUGUGACUCAUUGACGAAGCUUCAAACCCUACAGGGGGGACGGUAGAGAAGAGCGAGCCCAAGCAGGGAUGGGAUUUUUAGCGCUUGAUAUAUUUGGGUCGGCCCCAUCGAAGCAGGAAGCCGUGGAUGCAGUCCACGACCUUCAGAUGAUACCAUUGCCGCAGACUAUCUCCCGCUUUGCUGGAGAUGAAGCGAACUUCUUUUCAGAAGGUGCAAUUGUUCGAAGGCCCUUGCUGCACGAACAGGUGAAGAUAAAAUCUUUAUCCGGGUUAGAACGAAGUCGGCCUGGACAACAGAUUUACAAAUCGAGCUCAGUACUUUCUCAGACUCAACAUAAAAUUCUAAAUGCGCUGCAUCUCCUUUUGGUAAAUUCAUCUGUUAAGGACAUGGUGGUUUCAUUGUCAACUGACAAAGCUGUCUGGAAUGCUGUCAUGAAGAAUGAGAUGGUUCGAGAAUUCAAGAAAACAUAUCAUGUGGACAAGUACUUGAAACAUGUGGAAUAUGCUUCAGAUGCAAACCCUGACAUUACUGCCCAGAUUUUAAGCUGGCUUUUCGGGAUUGCCAAAGCAGCAGUGAUGAAAUUUAUGGACGAUAUCUUCAAUCUUGUGAGCAAACUCUUCGAUCAACAGACGAAAGAAAACACCAUGGAAACUGUAAGUGAUUUGGUGAGUUCUUCCUUCAUGCUCUCUGUUCUGGUCUUCAUUAUCGUCAUAUUAAAGCGCAGCUGGAGUUCUAUUGAUUCAUAAUGCUUCUUUGGUGUUCAUCUAAACUUUCUGUAAAAUCUUACUGCAGUGCUGUAAAACAGACUUUGAUUUUCUUUUGCAUAUUUGAACUGUAAUUUGAAGAUUUGUAACUGUAAAUUACUAAUUUUAUCAUCCUUUUUAUUU